CACUCACGACCCACUUGGCACUUGGCGCACAGUAAAGGAGACAGGACAAUAGGGCCACUUGACCCCACUCUGCCACCACCACCACAAACCACCCCGAACCACACAAAAAGUCUGGAAAAUAAAUACACCGCUAUCGCACACACCCCGCCAACCCCGUUUCUACAUCUACAUCUCCACACACACACACACUCGCAUCGCACGCAUCGCACACACCCCAUAAGCAAUCAUGUCCAACGACACUCAGCUCAAGCGCGUCCUCGUCACGGGCGGCCUCGGAUACAUCGGAUCGCACGUCGUCCUCAGCCUGCUCCUCUCGCAGCGCUACCUCCCCAUCGUCAUCGACAACUGCCACAACGCCUUCCCCGAGGCCGUUAAGCGCUGCGCCGAGAUUGCCCGCGAUGAGCUUGGCCCCAACGCGCCCCAGCCCCUGUUCCACCGCGCCGACCUCCGCAACGCCGCCGAGAUUGACGCCGUGUUUGAGAAGUACGCCGCCGACGGCGGCAUCUGGGGCGUUGUCCACCUCGCUGCUCUCAAGGCCGUCGGCGAGUCGGGCGAGCUCCCCCUCUCCUACUACCGCGUGAACGUUGCCGGCACCAUCUCGCUCCUCGAGUCUAUGCAGAAGAACAAUGUCAACAACUUUGUCUUCUCGUCGUCGGCCACCGUCUACGGCACCCCCGAGGUCAUCCCCAUCCCCGAGACGUCGCCCCUCCAGCCCGAGUCUGCCUACGGACGGACAAAGGCCAUGGUCGAGGAGAUCCUCCACGACGUCUGCCGCUCCGGCACCCUCGAGCGCAAGUCGCCCCUCAAGGCCGUCUCGGUCCGCUACUUCAACCCCGCUGGCGCCCACCCCUCCGGCAAGCUCGGCGAGGAGCCUCGCGGCAAGCCUGGAAACCUCCUGCCCCUGCUCGCGCAGAUGGCCAUUGGCCGUGAGAAGUCGGAGCUCAAGGUGUUCGGCAACGACUACCCCGGCUCGCCAGACGGCACCUGCGUCCGCGACUACCUGCACAUCAUGGACCUUGCCGAGGGCCACGUCCUCGCGCUCGACGCGAUCGCGGUGCCCGAGUCGCAGCCCAACAUCUUCUCGAACAACGACGCCAGGAAGGACGGCUUCUACCGCGCCUUCAACCUCGGCCGUGGCAAGGGCCAGUCUGUGCUCAUGAUGAUCGAGGCCAUGCGCAAGGCGACCGGCUUCAACUACCAGUACGAGAUUGUCGGAAGGCGUAUCGGCGACGUUCCCGACCUCACUGCCAACCCCGCGCUGGCUGAGAAGGAGCUGGGCUUCCUCGCCAAGCGCGACCUCGACAGCAUGUGCCGCGACCUCUGGAACUUCCAGACCAAGAACCCCAAGGGUUACGAGCCCAGCGCUUAAGCGUGGGCAGCAUAGGGAUAUAGUUUGAUAGAAUAUGGGAUAAUCUUGUCAUUGUA